UCCUUACAUGUCAAUAUGUCAAAAUAUGCACAUUAUUUUGACACAAAGUUUUUGUGGUUACUUCUUGAAAUUAUAACUUUAUUGCUUUAAGAGAUAAACAAAUUGAAGUGAAAAUGACUGCACUGGACGAUUUGCCUGACGUGGAUUCCUUUUUUGGGAUAGAUUUAAAAACUGGAUCGUUGAUGAUUGCUGCCAUUGGCAUUGUCCAUCCAAUGGCUUAUGGGUGUUCCUUUUUCGUACCAAUGAGUUAUCUGCUCGUCACUAUAUGGAUCCUGGUGGCUUUGUUCUUCGCGGCAAAUGUUGUUCUGUUAUUUGGUUUAGUCAAGGACGACGCACUCCUCUGCACCAUAUGGAUAUGGUAUGCGGUGAUCUUCGUGGUGGUGAUGCUGAUGAUGAUGAUCCUCCUCGCGUUAGUGUAUACGUCCAGGAGACAGAGGAACAGGGUGUUUAUCGUCAUAUUAGGAAUGCUUUGGUAUAUGUUGACAAUUUACUUUGUUCUGGUGGUGAACAGUCAUCGGAAACAGCUUCUCAAUAUAAACGACAAGAUGUCAGACAAAAAAACAUAAUACCAAUAUAUUUCGUACGUUUACAAUAAAUCAAUUACGAGGUAACAGAUA